GAGGAGACGUCACCAAUAACGUAGCCACGCCUCCUGUUUCCUGGUUUGUGAGGCAGAAGUUGCGGCGCGCGCGAUUUGAACUGUCUUUGAAAAGAGCCGCGAAUGUGUAGCAGCUUCACGGCGCCGGCAGAGCGGCUCGCUGGAGAGACACGGACGGCUGGAGAAAAUGUUGCCUUACGGUACAGCCAGAAAGAGGAAGCACAGUUCCACUGGGUCUGGGAGCACUCGGGCAAAGAGGCAGGUUGUGGACCGAGGCACCCCUCCCAGAAGGAGAUCUCAUCUGCUCCCCAAAUCUCCUGUAGGAGAAACAGUAAUCAGACAUGGGCAGGAUAAACCGAAUUACCAUUCUCCUAAAAUAACAGCCUCACCCAGAAGAAAAGGAAGUUCACCUCUUGCCCCCAGGAUACUGUAUGGUGACUCUCCACCAGAGGGCUCGCCCAAGAAUACCUCACCCGUCAAACCUGCAAUGGGUACAGGCUCCUUUUAUAGCAAGAAGAAAGCACUGUACUUGACACCCCUAGAGAGGAAGCUGAUAAAUGAAACAAAACCUGAACAAAACCAAACAAACACGAGCUUCACCAGCCCCUUAAGAUCUGUGACCGCACGGAGGACGAAAAUAAUCCCAAAGGAUACUAAACGGAUUUCUGUCCGGGGACAGAAAAAUAACAUUAGACGAUAUAUGAGCUCCCCUGGGAUGGGGAGGAGUUCUAAUGUCCAAGCUAAUCUUCCAGUAGAAAGUACCACUGCCCUGCCUCCCAUAAUAUUUGGAAGUCUGAAAGCUAAAGUCAAGUCGAAACUCAUUGUGGGAGCAGCAUUCUUCAGCAGUGGGAAGAGAGCCACUAUGUACAAAAAAGCCGCGCUAAAGCCCUCAAAAUCGAAGCUGACUGCUAAGGUUCAGAAACGCCCUGUUCCUUUACCUGUAGAAGAGCGGGGGAAGGAUCCUUGUAGUGGUUUCAUAGCUGUGAGGAAUGUUCCGGAGAGGAAGCCGCAAGAGCUUCCUCCAAAAGUCUCCACCAAGUGUGCAAGCUUUGGAGAUGCUCUGAAGUUUACAGGCAUUAUGAAGGAGAACCUGAAGAUGUUCGAGCCAGAAACAUCUGAAGUGCAAUCUACUGUUGCACAGUUACAGAAGCACGGCAUCACCAAGGAAGUGAAGAUUGUUCUUAGCAGGACUGUAACUCCCACUAGUUCAGCGUCCUCCCUUUCUGAUACGAGUACUCCGGAUACUUCCACAGAAAAGGCAUCUGACAGAGUUUUUGAUCUCAGCAAUGUUACCUCCCCAUGUUCAAAGUCUGUUUCAGAGGUUUGUCCAAGUGUGUACCCCAUCUUUGGUUCCAGAAGGCCCCAGAAGGGAAGCAUCUCCACCCCUCUGAACUGCAGCACCCCAUCUGCCCUGUCUACGUCCAUGCGGCAGAGGACCACAAAGAAGAAGAAGCACCUGGAGAGGCAGUCAUUUGACCAGCUUAUUAUUGAUGCUGGCCAGAGGCAGUUUGGUGCCACGACGUGUUCAUCCUGUGGAAUGAUCUAUAGUGCUGACAGCCUGGAAGACAACUUUCAACAUACGCAGUUUCACCAGCGCUUCCUGGACAGCAUUAAGUUUAUGGGUUGGAAAAAGGAGCGAGUAGUUGCUGAAUUUUGGGAUGGAAAAAUAGUUCUGGUUCUCCCGGAUGAUCCUAAAUACGCUGUCAGAAAGGCAGAGGAUAUCAGGCAGCUGGCUGACAAUGAGCUAGGGUUCCAACAAAUGUCCCUCAGCUCUCCCACCCAAGCAAAGACGUACCUUUUUGUCAACAACGAGCAGAUGAUUGUAGGCUGCCUCAUCGUGGAGCACAUCAAACAGGCCUUCAGGGUAAUAGACCAGUUGGACCACACUAAAGAUGUGACCAAGCAUGACUUCAUGGAGCACCACAGGGCCUGGUGUUGCUCCACCAUGCCAGUGAAGGCCAUCUGUGGAGUCAGCCGUAUUUGGGUGUUCAGCCUGACGAGAAGGCAGGGAAUCGCAACACGCUUGGUAGAUUCGGCCAGGAAGUCCUUCAUCUAUGGGAUACACCUUGAUAAAGAGGAAGUUGCCUUCUCUGACCCUACACCAGAUGGCAAACUCUUUGCCACAAAGUAUUGCGGAACUGCUGAAUUUUUGGUGUACAACUUCAUUUAACUCCUUGUAGUUCUUAAGUAGUUCUGUUCAAAGAGUGGCUCAAUGUUUCCCCCCCCCAUCCUGAUCUAAUGUAAUGGAUUUUAGAGUUUAAUAUCAAGUACAUCGGUUUUAAUGUGUUGUAAAUAGUUAUUUGGUUACAGAAAUGUUUAAGUCCUUAAGCUGUCACUUUAAGAAAGCACAUUUAAGCUGUCGACUGCUAAAAUAAAGUGAUAACAAUUCAAAGAAA